AACCAGGGCGUGUUGUGCGCUGACGUCAGGGAGUCCUGAUGUUGUUUUGGAGGAAGUGAAGAGCAGCUAGCGUCAAUGUAACGUUAGCCUCAACGGAACAAGGCAAAAUAUACACUUGGGCCAAUUCUGCUCCUGUCAAACGACAACCGUGCCAAACAGACAGUGGCCGUGUUUAUGAUCUAUGAGGCGUGUGUUGCGAGGCUACACUACUGAAACCGCGUAGCCGUAUACGUGGUUCCGAAAAACGUUUUAUCACUCGUUUGAUUUAGCUAGUUAGCUAGCCUGAGUGUUGCAGACAAUUGUCGAUUGUACGAAACAGAAAGACGACUUUUGCCAUUAUCAAGAUCAAGGGACUCUCAUCAAGGCACAAUGACGUCUAGAAAGAAAGUCCUACUGAAAGUCAUCAUCCUUGGAGACUCUGGAGUUGGGAAGACCUCAUUGAUGAACCAAUAUGUGAAUAAGAAGUUCAGUAACCAGUAUAAAGCAACAAUAGGCGCAGACUUCCUGACAAAAGAAGUCAUGGUGGACGACAGACUUGUUACAAUGCAGAUCUGGGACACUGCCGGCCAGGAGAGGUUCCAGUCGCUAGGUGUGGCCUUCUACCGUGGAGCAGACUGCUGCGUGCUUGUAUUUGAUGUGACCGCACCCAAUACAUUCAAGACCCUGGACAGCUGGAGGGACGAGUUCCUGAUCCAGGCCAGCCCAAGAGACCCAGAGAAUUUCCCCUUUGUGGUUCUUGGCAAUAAGAUUGAUCUGGAAAACAGACAGGUGACAACCAAACGAGCCCAGGCUUGGUGUCAGAGUAAGAACAACAUCCCCUACUUUGAGACAAGUGCCAAAGAGGCCAUCAACGUGGAGCAGGCUUUCCAGACCAUUGCAAGGAACGCUCUCAAACAGGAGACUGAAGUGGAGUUGUACAAUGAGUUCCCUGAGCCAAUAAAGCUGGACCGGAACGAAAGGGCCAAGCCUUCAGCAGAGACCUGCAGCUGCUGAGGACUCUGGAGACCUCUCUGGGGGAGGGAGAGAUGCUAAGCCUUCCCCACCCAUCUUGCCUUGUCUAUACACCCACCUCUCCCCUUGUCCCACUGUGUUACCCUAUGUCCGACAUUAUCACUUGCCUUUGUAGAUAUAAGCAGCAUCCCUCUUAGACUAUACUACUAUUACUACAACACAUACAUGCUGUACACGUCACUCUAUGUACACAAGAUGACACAUUUUCUAUUGAGUCAACUAGCCCAAAGAACACUGAGGAGACAUCAUGAUGUUUACUUUCAUGAUGCUUAUUACAUGCCAGUGUUUCCUUGUACUGUUUUGCAGUGUUGGUGGUUUCUGGUCAUUCAGAUGAACGAUUCUGUGUCCCCUUUCCCUGUUUUGCAUCCUGAUUUUGUUUCUAACACUGCUUUUACUUGUACACUAUUAUUAUUAUUAUUACUAUCAUUAAAACAAUGCUACAUCUAGGCAUUAGUCUGAUACUUAUGAUAUAAAGUGAGAAACUACCAGCAUUUGAACAAGUCUCUGGUAGUGGUGGUCCACCUUCACCACCACUGCUGCAUGAAUAUAAUGGACACAUCAGGGCUCCACUUUACUCCUCAGUCUGGUGGUUCCAAAGACGACUUGUGUUUGGUUCAGUAGCAUCAGCUUACCUCAUCCACAAGAAUCCAAUGACAUAUCAAUUCAGGACUCGACCGUCCCGUCCCCCCCAAAUUUUUAAGUUGCGGAAGAUGAAAAUCAGUUGUUAGGCGUAGAAGUGUGACUCCUGUGCGGCCCACAUAUUCUUGCAUUAAUUGGUUAAGAGAAAAUGUUCGAAAGGCAUGUUUCUCACUUGCUGGUUAAAUUUAGCAAGGUGGUUUUUGAGGCCAAUACAUUUACAUAAUCAUAGCUUGUAGCAGAUACCAUAUGGAUUAUCACUUCUGCUCUGUAAUAUAGCUGUCCACAUCCAAUUCCUGUUUUCUUAAGUGCAAGACAAAUUCUCAUGUUUUUUGGGGGGGUCAAUAGCAAAACGUCUUACUAUAUCAACUAAUCAAGACGAUUCAGUGUUUAAGUCGGCAGGUUUGUUUUCAAGCAUUAACAAUAAUUUAGAACCAUGAUUUAAUACUUUAUUUUCUCCUGCCAACUGUCAACACUUUGUAUAUUUGAAAACCUCUCCAUGGUUUGUGGGGAAGUCAAGCUGUCUAUCUC